UGUCUGGUUUUACGUUAUCACGAUUGUUAGCUAUUUUUGUUGCAGGUGAAUAAUGAGUAACUUCAUACACUGAAGGCUGGAGAGAGGGUGUGGUGAUGUUCUUACAGAGUAAUAAACCUUYAGUGGCCAGCUGUCUUACGGUUCAAACAGCCUCUCCAGCAGCAAACUAUUGGCAAAAACACCAUUUGAUCUGAGCUUCCUUAAGAAAACACCACGAUGGCCCCUUGAUGAAAGCUGAAAUCUGGAGAUUUUUUGAAAAGAUUUGCUGUCAUGAACUCUAUGAGAGGGCAGCUUUUUUUUGGCGUCUAUUUUCUCAUAUUUGAGUCACUGUGUCCUCUGGUUUCAGCAGCCUCUGUGGGCACCAGCUUGUGGGGGGACAAGUUGCUGUUUAAAGGCCCCCCUUGUUUGUGGCAGCUGCACCCAAAGGUGUUGGUUCCAGCCUUGAGCGAGCUGAGCGUUUGCACACUUUUAAAACUCACCCAUGGAACAGAAUGGACAGGUUUUGUCUACAAAGCACCUGGGAAGCAUCACAUCGAGCUGGGACUCAGAGGCACACCCACGGAGCUGACGACAUGGCUGUUUGGGAAAGCGUACCAGGUGCCCAUGGAGUUAAAACUGAACGAGUGGUACACCGUCUGCCUCACCUGGUCUGAUCGAGACCAGGAGCUGAGAACAUACGUCGAUGGGCUUGUGCUGGAAACGCAUCUGGCUCCAGGGGAGGGUCUGCAAAAUCGGCUGGCCCCGAAUGGCACUCUGACUCUGGGGGUGUCUCACUUUGUUAGCGUUAACGGAGAAUUACGGCCGGAGAGUGGGAAUAAACUGCUGGGUGAGAUCGGUCUGUUCAGGAUGUGGGGGAGAAAGUGGAGAGCAGAGGAGCUGAUCAGACAGAACUGUGCAGAGGGGGACGUGCUGAGCUGGGACCUGCAGCAAUGGAAAUAUGACUGUCCUCCUGAACCCGACAGCAGCCUACACUGUGGAUGGUCCCAGUACAAAAUCAAACUGUGGGCUUUUAUGAAUGACUCCACAGACCCUGAAAACUGCUCAGUGCCACUGGAGGAAAUCACAAGAACAUGGCUGGAGAGCGUUUUGCCUAAAAACAUUUCUGUCCAAAACAUUGUUGUGUCAUCUCCAAGGCCGACGUGCCUCUUGGGUAAUAAUGCAGCUGCUUUUCAAGCACAACAACCUCAGGAUUUAGGAGAAUCAACUUUAACAUGUGAUAAAUGCUUCAGCUUCGAGGUCUUUGUAAAAGUGGAUCCUGCCACCGAUGUAAAAAUAGUUCAGACAGAAGUGACUGCAUUACUCAGUUUGAGUUUCUCUCUCAACUUCCUCACCAUCACAGCUGUCAUUAACAGCAUCUACGUACUUCCUGUGGUGACGCUCUCAGGAACAACAGAACCUCCAACAGCCAUCAGCAUGGCUUCAUUUCCACCAGAAACAAGUCCAACUCUGAGUGUUUUAACUCAACCCAUGUCGACGACUGGAAAACCAGAUCUCACUUUUGCUGUUGUUAAUUCCUAUAAAUUCUUCCGAGUUAAUGUGACUUUAAGUUUGACAGGGAGCCCGACCAAACCACAUGCUGUCAUUGAGAGCUGGUUGAAAGAAAAGCUCCAAGUGAACAAGACAAUGAAUGUACUGAAUCUCAUCAUAACAGAGGACAUCAGCAGAAACACAGAAAACAACAACAGUGAGUCGACGUUCUACAGCCACCAGAAACAAUAUUAUUGCACCUUUCAUGUUCGAGAAUAUAGCAACAAAGAUGUGGCAGAAAUCGAAUUGCUCAUUCGUGCUGCCUUGACGAAAACAUAUGAAAACGACUUCUUCACCAUUCAACCUCUGAAAGUGACCAUCAAACACAUUGAACCAGAGAACUGUUUAGAAGACGACAUGUCAACGAUCUAUGGACGAUACAUUUGGCCAGAAACAUUUCCACAUGAUGGGCAAGAAAUGGUCUGCAUAAAGCCCAUAACAAACAGAGCCUACAGACUUUGUAAAUUAGACAUAGAAACGGACACGAGCUACUGGGCGGAUCCUGAUAUGUCAAACUGCAACCAGGUUCUGACAAUAUCAGAUAUCACCAACAUCACCGUCACCCCCGAUAAUGCAGCUGAAGUUGUGGACAUGAUUCAGGACCUGGUAGAUGUCCAGUUGGGGAACGGCUCCCAGCUCUCGUCCUCUGAGCUGGGCUCAGUGAUGGACAAGCUCAGCGAGGUGGUUGAAAUAAGCCCCAUUGAGCCCGUCAUCGGAGGGGACAUUGUGAAUAUUGUUGCCAACAUCCUGCUUUCUGAAACGGACGUCACACCUGUGGCUAACAAUGUUCUUGAUCUGACAGACCGGAUGGGGAACAGCAUGGAGUUCCAGGGGGAAAUUGCGAAUCUAAAAGCUCCAGCCCUCGCCCUUUCCAUGAUUGAUGUUGAUCCAGAAGAAUUCAGUGGCCUAACCUUUGGAGUGUCUCUGACAAAUUCAAUGAACCCCGAGGUUUUUGUUAACCACAGUUUUGUGAAAAAACCAUUCCCUGAGGUAAACGCCACGAUCUCUCUGCCCUCUGAGCUCAACAACUUUUUACCCACCGGAGACAAAAACACCACACGAGUCCAGUUUCAGUUUUAUGGAACCCCAGACCUUUUUCAGGACACUUAUUUAGCGAAUGCAACACAAAGCAACUGGACAUUAAACUCCUAUAUAGUAUCUGCCAGCAUCAACAACACCCACGUCGUCAACCUGGAGAAACGAGUGGUGGUGAACCUCAGCCAUGUAAAUCCCAAAAAGCCAGAAGACAAGGUGCAGUGCAUGUUUUGGGAUUUCCAGAAGUACGGUGGCCUCGGUGGUUGGAACAGCAGCGGCUGUGAGACUCGGAGUAUCUCCUCUCAUCAGACCAGCUGUCUCUGUGAUCACCUCACGCAUUUCGCCGUUCUCCUUGAUGUGUCACGAACUUCUAUCAGUAAAACUGACAACGAGAUUCUAACAGUGAUUUCUUAUGUUGGUUGUGGAAUAUCCUCCAUCUUUCUGGGCAUCACUUUGCUCACUUAUCUUGUCUUUGAGAAGCUGCGUCAGGACUAUCCAGCUAAGAUACUCAUCAACCUGUCCACUGCACUCCUGGGGCUGAGCAUGCUCUUCCUCCUUGACUCCUGGCUCUCAUCCUUCAACAGCUACGGUCUGUGCAUCACAACCGCUGCGUCCCUUCACUACUUCAUGCUGGCCUCCUUCAUCUGGAUGGGUCUGGAGGCUGUGCACAUGUACCUUGCUCUGGUUAAGGUGUUCAACACCUACGUGUCCGCUUACAUCCUCAAGUUCUGCGUUGCUGGAUGGGGUAUCCCUUUGCUAAUAAUCAUCCUGGUUCUGUCCAUUGAUAAAGAUGUUUAUGGAAGUUUGAUACCCAAAGACAAUGCGGUGGCGCUUCAGUCCACAGAACCAUUCUGCUGGCUGCAGGAUGACGUCGUCUUCUUUGUAACGGUGGUGGCCGUCGUCGUCCUCAUCUUGUUGGGCAACUUGGCCGUGUUCAUCGUGGUUCUGAUCCAGAUCAAACGAAUGAGGGCCAAUAACCUGUCGGCAAAAGGACGCAGCUCUUUGCAGGACCUGAGAGCGGUUGUGGGCCUCACCAUUCUGCUGGGCCUGACCUGGUCCAUGGGCUUGUUUUCAUUCGGGCCAGGCCGGGUGGCCAUGAUGUACAUGUUUUCAAUCUGCAAUUCCUUACAAGGAUUUUUUGUGUUUCUGUUCCACUGUUUGAUGAAGGAGAAYGUGAGGAAACAGUGGAGAACUUAUCUGUGCUGUGGACACUUUAGACUMACGGAUAACUCAGACUGGAGCCUCUCAGCAACCGUGUGUGGCCGCUCCGAAAAGGGCAAUCUUAUUAACUCUGAUUCAGUGGCCUCAGAGAACACGUCCUCCCUCAGAUCAUCUACUCUGCCGCAAAAUCCUCACCACAGCACCACCAGAGGACAGGACUGAGCCUACUGAYGGGCUG